GUCUGAUGAGGAGCAGCACAGCCAUCAGGAGGGUGGCAGCAGCAGGCUGGCACUGACCCCCUCCCCAGCCUGUGCCCAGAGUGACAUCAGCCGGAGACACAGGAGGAGGAGGAGCAGUCAGUCAGGACUCCAGCAGCCGGGGAGACAAUAGGCAGUCCAGUGUGGAGAUGGCUUCCCUCAGCCUGUCCACCAGGAAGAAGAAGAAUGCCUCCAGGAAUGCAGCCGUGGAGAGGAAGAACCUGAUCACAGUCUGCAGGUUUUCCGUGAAGACACUGAUUGACCGCUCCUGCUUUGAGACCAUUGAUGAUUCUGCACCUGAAUUUUUAAACUUUGCCUCCAUUCUGGAACAGAUCCUAAGCCAUCGUCUCAAAGGUCAGCUCACCUGGUUUGGCUAUGAAAGUCCUCGAAGCUUUUGGGAUUACAUACGGGUCGCCUCUUCCAAAGUGUCUCACAGUUGUAUCUGUAGUAUUGAGAACAUGGAAAAUGUCAGCUCCUCCAGAGCAAAGGGCAGGGCUUGGAUCAGAGUUGCACUAAUGGAAAAACGCUUGUCUGAAUAUAUCACGGCUGCACUGCGAGACUAUAAAACGACAAGGAGGUUUUACGACGACGGAGCUAUAGUCUUAGGUGAAGAAGCCAACAUGCUGGCGGGUAUGCUGCUCGGACUCAAUGCCAUAGAUUUCAGCUUUUGCCUUAAAGGAGAGGGUCUGGAUGGGAGCUACCCAGCGGUCAUAGACUACACGCCUUAUCUCAAGUUUACUCAGAGCUCUGAUAGCAUCAGCAGUGAUGAGGAAGAGCUCCGGACAUUGGGGAGCAGCGGCAGCGAGAGUAGUACUCCGGAGAACAUCGGUCCUCUAUUGAUCAGGGAUGACAACAGCUGGUAUAACAAGUGCAUAAAGGUGGAGCAGAAGUACCGGCUAACCCUGGAGCAAAAGGGUUACCUUGAGGAGUUGGUCCGCCUGAGGGAAGCUCAGCUCUCAGAUUCUGUGACUCAAAACAAAUUGUUACUUCAGAGGAUUAAAGAUACAGAACUGAGCCACAAACUGGAGAAGGAGCAGCUGGAGUACAUCAUUGUGGAACUGCAGGACCAACUGACUGUACUAAAGAAUAAUGACUUAAGAUCGAGACAGGAGCUAACCACUCACCUCACCAAUCAGUGGCCUUCCCCAGGAGCUCUGGAUGUUAAAGCUGUGGCCCUGGAGACAUUGCUCUACCAAAAGCACAAUGAACAUUGGGAUGAUAAAACCUACCAUCGUCUUGGGCACUUAUCUACCGAUGCCAGUCUGUCUCAGAUUUCAUUUGACCCCGGGCACUCACAGGACGGAAAUGGAAAACACGACAGCUCCCGCUCAAGUGGAGGUAAAGAAGAAACCCCUUCAUUGCUGGGCCUCUGUGGAUCCCUCACCUCUGUUGCCAGUUACAAGUCCCUCACAAGCCUCAAAUCCAGCGAAUGUCUUGCCAGCCCCACCACAGAGAUGACAAGCCCAGGCCUAACCCAAUCAUGAACCCAGAACGUUUACAGGGAAGGACAAGCUUUAUCUCUCUAGUUUUACAUAUGCAGACUAUACGCCAUGUCUGGACAGCAGCAGAAGAAGAAAAAGGCACAACGUCUCGUCAAACCCAUUGACUCUAUUGUCCUGCAAGUUUUAACGUUAUUUUGAAUGUAUCGCUCUGGAAACGUUCUGAUAUAAGCUGGUCUGACUGCACGCUAAGGCGGUAUAUACCAUGGUACUGCCAGGCAAGGUGCCGCUGCCCAUACACCCAAUAUAUCACCAGUAUUUGCUAUUCCAUCCAAGUAUGCAGCUUAGCACUGGACUGAAACGCGUGUACACUAAACCAUUGGUUGUGUCUCACACAGUGAUGUGGCGCCAUCCGCUCGUCCUUGCGUUGUUUUAUUUCAGUUGUAUUUUCGUGCCAUCGGCAGGUCUACACGGAUCAACACGUGGGACUUUUUUUUCUAUUUUUCUAUGUGCAGGGUUAAUCCUUCCAUUAAAAAAUAAAAUAAAAUACAAAACACAGAAAUAAAAGAUGGGUUGACAGCAAACAUACUACGGCUAUUUAUUUCGACUUUCGAGGUCUGAUCCAGGUUUUACCACAUUUGAGUCGUGUCCUUCAUUCAUCUGAUGCUAAUGUAAGCAAAACCACAGCCCCAAUAGAUGCAGAAAAUCCAAGAUGCCAGAACGAAGUGCAGAGGUAUCAGAGACCCAUGAGCACGUUUUGGCCUUCGAGACCUAUGUU